AUGUCAACAGAAGAUACACCGUUACUCUCAGAUGGAACAUCCCCAGACCCCCUCCCCAUCAAAUCCACCAAACAAAAUGAGGAUGCGAAUUCAAUCGAUUCUUACCCCGAGAACCCGGCGUUCGCAAAACGUCUUUUGAGAAAAAUUGAUUUGAGACUCAUGCCUUUGAUGUUUAUCACUUUCAAUUUUAACUAUAUUGAUAAAACGAUCUUAAGUAGUGCGGCUGUGUUUGGGUUGGUUGGGGAUACGCAUCUCGUCGGUAACCAAUUCAGCUCCAUAUCAAGCAUGUUCUAUUUCGGCUAUCUAUUCUGGGAAUACCCUGGUGUUUACCUAAUCCAAACACUCCCAGUCGCAAAGUACAUUGCAGCCGAUAUAGUAUUAUGGGGAGUUAUUGUCGCGAGUACAGCGGCUUGUACAUCUUUUGAGGGAUUGAUGGUUGCAAGAUUUUUUACAGGAGCGGUGGAGGCGAGUAUCAGUCCGGCGUUUUUGUAUAUUACUUCGAUGUGGUACACGAGGGAUGAGAUGCCCAGUCGGAUGGGAUUGUGGUAUGCGGGGAAUUCUUUUGGAGGUGCGAUUGCUAGUUUGCUUUCUUUUGCGAUUGGGCAGAUUCAUUCUUCUUUGAAACCUUGGAAAUGGUUGUAUAUCAUUUUCGGAUCAGCAACAACGAUAUGGGGCUUUGUUGUUCUCACUCUUCUUCCAGAUAGUAUAUCCAGUGCAAAAUUCCUUACUCCUGAAGAAAGGAAGUGUGCCGAGGAGAGAGUUCUCACGGCAGGAACUGGGGUUACUAUGUCCAUCAAGAAUGAGUGGAAAGGCGAACAAGUUAUUGAGUGUCUACUUGAUCCUAAGACUUGGUUUUGCUUCUUUAUUUCUUUAUUUACCAUGAUUCCCAACGGCGGAACAACCAGUUUCGCAAACCUCGUCAUAACCGGCUUCGGCUUCACCGGCCUCCAAUCCACGCUCGUUAGCCUCCCCUCCUCCCUAAUUUCCUUCCUCACCAUCCUCACCACCGGCUACCUCGCCUCCACCUACCGCAACAUCAUCACGCUGCUCAUCCCCACCAUGCUCCUCUUCCCAAUCCUCGGUUCCGCCCUCAUGAACUGGGCUCCCCUCGAUUCCUUAAAACUGACCGGUUUCUACAGCAUCGGUUUCGCUCAUGGUACUAUUCCUCUAACUAUGAGUCUUAUCGGUGCAAAUACAAGAGGCACGACGAAAAAAAUGACAAUGAGUGCUUGUAUGUUUGUGGCAUAUUGUGUGGGGAAUAUGUUGGGGCCGCAGUUAUUUUUGGAGAGUGAGGCGCCGUAUUAUAGCACGGCUUUUGUGGCGAUAUUGGGGUUUUAUUGUGCGGCGGCUUGUACGGCGGUGGGGUUGAGGGUUUAUUUGGUGGGGGUUAAUGGGAGGAGGGAGAGGGAGGAGAGUAUUGCGGGUGUUGCAGGUGGAGUUGUGGAGGGUGUGGAGGUAGAGGUGGGGAUGGGGAUGGGAGAGGACAUUACGGAUUUGAAUACGAGGGGGUUUAGAUAUAGAUUAUAG